GGUUGUCUGGCUGUAUGGUGACAGAAGAAGGCUGUGGUUAUGUGUCUUCAGCUCUGAGUUCAAACCCCUCACACCUGAGAGAGCUGGAUCUGAGUUACAAUCACCCAGGAGAUUCAGGAGUCAAGCUGCUCUCUGAAAAACUGGAGAAUCCAAACUGUUCACUGGACAAACUCAGUAUGGAUCAUGGAGGAGUAUCCAGGAUUACAGCAGGAUCACGAAAAUAUGUCUGUUUUCUCACACUGGAUCCAAACACAGCACACACUGAACUUAGUCUGUCUGAGGAAAACAGAAAGGUGACAUGUGCGGAUAAGGAUCAUCCCUAUCCUGAUCAUCCAGACAGAUUUGAUGAUUUGUGUCAGGUGUUGUGUAAAGAGAGUGUGUGUGGACGCUGUUAUUGGGAGAUUGAGCGGAGUGGAUAUGAUGUGGAUAUAUCAGUGUCAUAUAAGAGCAUCAGGAGGAAGGGAGAGGAUGAUGAAUGUUGGUUUGGAUAUAAUGAUCAGUCCUGGAGUUUGUACUGCUCUCGCUCCAAUUACUCAUUCAUGCACAAUAAGAUUGUGACUCGUAUCCCUGUAAAAUCCAUCAGCAGUAGAAUAGGAGUGUUUGUGGAUCACAGAGCAGGAUCUCUGUCCUUCUACAGCGUCUCUGACACAAUGAGCCUCAUCCACACAGUCCAGACCACAUUCACUCAGCCGCUCUAUCCUGGGUUUUAUGUUUCUUUUGGAUCAUCAGUGAAACUGUGUUGAAUCAGAAGAGACUGAUGAGAGAUUCUACCCAUAAUUUAAAUUUAAAUAAAU